AUGGCAGAACUCUUACUGGAUCCUAAAAUAAGAUUAUGGGUGUUUUUACCCAUUGUUGUUAUAACAUUUUUAGUCGGAAUUGUAAGGCAUUAUGUAUCAAUAAUACUAUCAUCACAGAAGAAAAUAGAAUUACUACAAGUACAGGAUAGCCAAGUUAUGAUACGUGCCCGUCUAUUACGUGAAAAUGGCAAAUAUCUACCUCGACAAUCAUUUGCUAUGCGUCGACAUUGGUUUAAUAACGAAGAUACUGGUUAUUUCAAAGUGCAGAAACGUACAUCAAAUGCUCAGAAUCCAAUGACAGAUCCUGGUAUGAUGACAGACAUGCUAAAAGGCAAUGUUACUAAUGUAUUGCCCAUGAUUGUAAUAGGGGGUUGGAUAAAUUGGAUGUUUAGUGGUUUCCUGACGACUAAAGUACCAUUUCCUUUGACUCUGAGAUUUAAGCCAAUGUUGCAACGUGGUGUGGAAUUGGCAUACUUAGAUGCUUCCUGGGUUUCAUCAGCAUCCUGGUACUUCCUUAAUGUUUUUGGACUUCGGACCAUCUAUGCUCUAGUACUUGGAGAAAAUAAUGCUGCUGACCAGUCGAAAAUGAUGCAAGAACAGAUGUCUGGAGCAGCUAUGGCCAUGCCUCCUGACCCAAAAGCAGCGUUUAAAGCACAAUGGGAAGCUUUAGAAAUCACUGAACACCGUUGGGCUCUAGCUAAUGUUGAGAAUGACUUAUUAAUAAAAAAUGAUUGA